AUGAACCCUCUGGUCAGGGUCUCGGCCGCCCCCGGUUCCUCGGACGCGCGGCUGCUGGACGCGUCGUUCCUCGGCGGCCACGACCUGGUGAUCUGCAUCGGCGCGCCGCUGCGGCUCGCGCGCGAGGUUGGCGCGCUGUGCGGGGCCCAUGGCGUGAAGUUCAUGGCGGCGGCGGUCAGGGGGGCUGCGAGUUACUACUUUGCUGACCUGGGGCGCCACACCUUUACACCCAAGGCGGACGGCGGCAGCGACGCGCCCAAGGGUGCGCCGGCCGAGCAGACAGUCUGCUACUCGCGGCUGUCGGACGCGCUGGCGACGCCGCUCGGGCAGCUGCCGCCCAACUGCCACCCGCUCGUGCCCGUCCUGCUGGCCUGCAACGCCUUGGAAUCCGAGCUGGGCCGCCCGCUGACCGCCGCCGACGCGCCGGCCGCCUCUGCCGCGCUGGCCAGCCUCAUCGCGGCCGCCGGCGCCGGCGGCGCCGCGUGGGCCGAGGCGGCUGCGGAGCAGCUGCCGGGCUGGGUCGCGGCGGAGGGCGAGUUUGCGCCGGCGGCGGCGGUGGUGGGAGGGAUCAUGGGCAACGACGUGAUCAGGGCGGUGUCGCAUUCUGAUGCACCCAUCAACAACAUUUUUCUGUACAGCCUGACUGGGCGGUCCCUAGUCCACACGCUCCCGCCGCCGGGGGCCGAUGCAGCAGCAGCUGCAGGGGCGGCGGCAGGCGCGGAGGCGGUCGGCGGGGAGCAGGCAGCUGGGGCAGGGCAGCAGCAGCAGCAGCAGCAGCAGCAGCAGCAGCAGCAGCAGCAGCAGCAGCAGCGGCUGCAGGUGGAUGAGGUGGUCAUGAUUGAUGACUGA